GGGAGACGGAGGAGCGGGGGGAUGUGGGGGAGGAAACAUCCUCUCAUGCUCACUUUCACAUCCCUCCCUCUCUUUCUCUCGCUCGCUCGCAUCCUCCAGGAGAGCGAGGUAAGGAGGUGGUGUGUGUACCGAGUCGGUGAGGCAGUUGAGAUGAGCACAUCAGAGCUGGAGUCAGAAGAACAGAGCGCAGCUGCCCUAACAUGCUUCCCCUGACACUGCACAGCUACCUCUGCGCUCGAAUGAAGGUUUGCAGUCGAAGCUGAGGAUGGCAGGAGAUUCUCGCGUCCACAUGGACCACGACAUGGAGAUAGGAGUGACUCCAAGAGAGCAGGUGAAGAAACUCCCCAAGCACCUGAGGGAAUCACAAAUCCCUACAGAUCGCACCCACCUCAUAUCUGAUCCUGUUAAGAAACCUCGCCAGCGCUAUGUACAGAAAGACGGCAAGUGCAAUGUUCAUCAUGGAAACGUUCAAGAGACAUAUCGUUAUCUCAGCGACCUCUUCACAACACUGGUUGACUUACGUUGGCGCCUCAGUUUCUUCAUUUUCACCUUGGUCUAUGUGGUCAACUGGCUGUUCUUUGGGUUUUUGUGGUGGCUUAUUGCGCUCAUACGAGGAGAUCUCCUACACAGCGAUGAGGAGGGCUGGACCCCUUGUGUGGAAAACCUCAACAGCUUUGUCUCGGCUUUCCUCUUUUCCAUUGAAACUGAGACCACCAUUGGCUACGGCUACCGUGUCAUCACGGAGAAGUGCCCGGAAGGGAUCAUACUUCUACUUGUGCAGGCCAUCUUGGGGUCCAUUGUCAACGCCAUGAUGGUGGGCUGCAUGUUCGUAAAGAUCUCGCAACCCAAGAACCGAGCAGAGACGUUGAUGUUCUCCCACAAAGCUGUGAUCUCGGUGAGGGACAACAAGAUGUGCCUGAUGUUCAGAGUGGGUGACCUGCGGAAUUCCCACAUUGUGGAAGCGUCAAUCCGUGCCAAACUCAUUCGUUCGCAGCAGACGAAGGAGGGCGAGUUCAUUCCACUCAACCAGACGGAUAUCAACAUUGGCUUUGACACAGGAGACGAUCGCCUCUUCCUGGUAUCGCCUCUCAUUAUCUCACACGAGAUCAACGAGAAGAGUCCUUUCUGGGAGAUGUCCCGGGCACAGAUGGAGAAGGAAGAGUUUGAGAUUGUCGUCAUCUUGGAGGGCAUGGUCGAAGCUACAGGCAUGACGUGUCAGGCGCGCAGCUCCUACCUGGACUCAGAAGUGCUGUGGGGCUACCGCUUCACCCCGGUGCUUUCUCUGGAAAAGGGCUUCUACGAAGUCGACUACAACAACUUCCACGACAUAUACGAGACCAACACCCCCACCUGUAGCGCUAAAGAACUGUCCGCUCGAUUAAAAGAGAGCCCACUCCUCCCUCACCUGCCACUCCUCAGUCCCGACCAUAGGCAGCACACAGACCCCUUCUCCACCCAAACCACACGGGAAGAGACGGAGAAGGACGCUGAGAAGGCUGUGGAGACAAACAAUGGCUCUGCCAACCGUUUGGAGGAGAACCCUUGAGGGAAACCCUGCUCCAAACAGACUCAAGGACUUUGUAGUGACUGGCAAGCUUCUUUCCCAUUGCAUGGAGAGAUAUCCUUGCAAUAUCCAUGCAAUAAGACCCCCGAUCCCUCUAGAGAGCCGAGCUGAUGUGUAGAUCAAGGUUAGACGCACAAACAGAUGAGAAUCCGUAUAUUUAUAACGUUACUGGCGCCUACACAUACUCUAUUUUAGCUUUAUGAACUUUGUUGUGCAGAUUUUCAUCAAUCAACGCCCUGUACCUCAAGGACGAAAUAGUAGCCAUAUAUUGUACACAUCAGUCCCACCGCAAAUUAACGACCCAGAGGUCAAACUCCUUAAUCUAAUCAUAGCAAAGCAGCUUUAAUAGAAUCCCGAUGCAAAGACUCUUAAGAGAAAUCUGGAGCCAAACACAACGCUUGUGUAUUUACCCAUGGCGAAGGCCCGCGGUGUUGGUUUCUUUAAGCUAUUCUAUUGUAUGUUUUAUCUGCAUUAUAAUUAUGCAUUACAAUGAUCAAUUUCCCCUAUAAAAGCCCGUUCACACCAAGAAAAAUAACUAUAAUGAUAACUAUAUUAGCAUCCACACCAUGUUCUGUUAUGUUGUUUGCUGAUUUAAGCUCUUUGAAUUUCAAGUGGAUGAACUCAGUGUUUUUAUCAUUCAUCAGCUGGGGAAAAAUACUCCAACGUUAUUGUUGUGUCAUUAUCGUUAUAGUUUUAUAAUAGUUAUCGUCUUUGGUGUGAACAGGCGUUAACUCUUAUUGAAGUGCAUUAUUGCAUGUGUUACGGCUUGAGUUUGAGGCAAGAUGGAGGCUGGAAAAUGUUUGCUGAUGCACUAAUCAAAAGCACAACCGCUGCAGUGGCAGACGCACAGUAUGUAAACCUGCAGCACACUAAAAUAAUGGCAACGAAUGGAAAUAUUGCACAUGCAAUGUCUCUGUGAAGGAUUUGUUGACCUGCUGAGUUCAGUCUUGCCCUGUCCGCACUCCUGGACUCAUAUUUUGUCUCUAUCACAUUUGAUUUGUGUGCAAGUUCCAGGCCACACGCGUAAGACUGUCAGUCCUAUUUCCAAGCGGUCAGAAGAACUGUUUCAAAGCAUGAACCCUAAAGCAAGUUCUAUACACUUUCUAAACAGGGUAUUUUCUAUAAGGCAUGCAGACUUCAAAAACACAAAAGCUUUCUACAAAAAUUGUACAACAAAAUUAUGGAUUAAGGUGAGAGGAGAGCUCCACUUACAGCAGAGACAACGGUGCAGGAUUUUAAAGACGACUUCACCCCCUGCUGAGAGUUCAUUUGCCGUUUAGAGGGAUCUCACCAAUGACAAGUCAUUUUCACUGAAUAAUAUUAUAUGCAGGCAAUUUACAUAAAUAAAAUAAAUAAAGAAACUUAUGAUUGAA